AUGUGGGGUCUCUGUACUGGAAAAUUUUAGCCGAAAGUAGUCAGACUGAAGUUGAUGGUAUCCAAAAAAAUAAACUUGUUGGGAAACCCAUUUGGACCUUGAAAGGAGAUAAGUUGAUUGAACCUAACUGUACAGUCAUUUUUGAUGAAAAUAUAAUUUUGAUGGGUGCAGCAGAAGGUUUGUUUGUCCUAAAAGUCAUUAACAAGUUUACGUGUUCUUUGAGAUAUAGAAUGGAAGGAAUUGAUUGCAUCUAUCAAAUGGCCUGCAAUGAAGAAACUGGAGCUGUAUUAUUAAUUCAUGGAGAAGAUCGAAAGUUAAGUCUUGCAAAUUUAAGUGCCUUUCAGAGUGCUCUACACAGUUCUUCAAAUCAAAUGCCAACUCUGAGAUCUUUGGCUGACAUCAAAGACUGCCACUUGUUCGCUCUGGAAGAGAAUAUUUGUACAGAAUCACCAUAUAUUUGCAUUGCAACUUCAGAAAGUGUAAGGCUUUUUCAAUGGGAACCAAUUUCAAAGAACUUUUAUCCCAAAAAGGUUAUUGAAACAAAUGAACCUUGCAGCUGUAUUAUUUUUUCACAAAAUAGUGUUAUAUUUGGUACUGAUGGCUUUUACGAAUUGAACCUGGAGUUGUAUAGUGUAAAAAGGUUUCUUGAUAGUAAAGAUGCAAGUUUGGCUGGUCUAGUAUAUGGAGCUUCUCAGUUUCGUAGUUUCCCCAUUGCUAUAUUUCAAAUUGCUCAUCCUGAUGACCCCGAGGAAUAUCUGCUUUGCUUCAAUGAAAUGGGAGUUUUUGUAAAUGAGUUAGGGCAAAGAACGAGGCCCGGAGACUUGAAGUGGAAACUGCCAUUAUCAUUUGCAUAUCGGUGUCCUUACAUUUUUGUCAUUCACUUCAGUUCUGUCGAAGUCAUAGAAAUACUUUCCCAACACGUAACAGAAUCUGGUAUUCGAAGAGUGAUGAAAGCUCGUAAACCUCAAUACGUGGGUCCAGCUCAUGUUGAACAGUCUAUCUUCAUAUCAUCUACCCAUGACCGAACUGUGGAGUUGAUACUAGUAGAAGGUAAAUUCAUAGGAAGUUCACAUUCCAAUAUGCAGAGUGAUGAAGGGGUUGCAUUGAAUAUUUCUAACAGUUCUAGUAAAGGCAGCACUGCUGAGAGCGAUGGCUUAGACUUCUCUUUCUCUACAUCAAUGAAUCAGUCUUUGGAACAGUCAUCCAUAGACCAACUAUCUUUGUCUUCCAAAGGUUCAGAAGAAUCAACAAAUUCACAGAUGAGUUGACAACCAUUUCCUGCUCCCUAUGGCAUAUAUUCUGAUGUAGCUAACUUUUAUGUUAAUUUUUAAAGCUGUUUAGCUUAUACUGUUUUGUGAUGUAAGUGUAGAUUAUGUAUAAAUAAUGUAUUUAGUGUUUUAUACUAAAUUAUUUCUUAAAUAAUAAAUAUUUCUAUUAGUAA